AUGUCAUUAAGCAUUCCCUCCGAAAGAAGGGAGCGGACGUCACUUUCCGAUGAAGCUGCGCCUCGCCCCUCGUCGACGUCCAUCGCCCCUCUACUCCCCGCGCACCUCACCAAUCGUACCAGAGAUCACAGCUUAGACUUACCGACCGCAUCCCAAACGCCACGUACAUCCGAUCUCAGCCUCGAUACCCAAAUUCAACCACGAAUCAGCAGUCUCGUCCGCUAUUAUAUGGAUGACGAUCAGUCCUACGAAGACGAUCAAGGCGACAUGAUCCACACUCGGUACUCAGCGAUCCUCGAUUCUACCGUCGACAAUGAUGAUUCUAAGAUGGGCAAUUCUACGAAUGAUCACAGCGACGAGACUCACGACCUUGCAACGCUUUCUUACAGCGUCGAUGUUGGUGAACCCAGCACAGGUCCCACCCGCUAUGCCAACUUGGGCAUGUCACGACCGCUAUCAUACCGCCCAGACGACCAGAAGGUCAAUCCACGCGCAGUGCGCGAUCCUUUCACCCUGCCUUCAUCGCUCGUCGGCUCUUCCGUGAGCAUGAAUCAUUCCACUGCUGCUUCGGAAGCGCCCGACUACUUUGCAAAUCCGUACUCGUGGGAUACCAUGGACGGCAAGCGGGAGCCGGACGACGAUCUCCACGAUCCAGACGUGAUCUCUGAGUCCAAGCACGGCUGGCUCGGCGGCUCCAUCGGUAAAAGGGGAGUGCUCAACGUCGGUGUACUCGCUCUGCUCUCGGCCAGUCUCGUCUUGCUAUUUGGCGGAUACCCCAUCAUCUCUUACGUAUCUCGCCGACACGAGGGUACCAAGGGAGGCUGGAACCUCGGCGGGGUCAACGCCUCCGGUCAGAUCGCCAGCAUCCCUGGCUUCCGCACUUCGCUCAUCGACCCGGACACUCCCAGAGAUGCCCUUUCGACACUCAGCCCGGACGGCACCAAGACCAUGAAGCUCGUCUUCUCCGACGAGUUCAACACCCCUGGACGUUCCUUCUACCCUGGCGACGACCCGUUUUGGGAAGCUUCCGAUCUUCACUACUGGGCAACGAACAACUACGAGUGGUACUCGCCCGAAGCUGUCACGACUGCGGACGGCGCGCUUCGCAUCACCCUCGACCAGGUUGAGACCAACAAUCUCAACUUUCGCGGCGGGUUUCUCAGUUCAUGGAACAAGUUUUGCUUCACCGGUGGCUAUCUCGUAGCCAGCGUUCAGCUGCCUGGUGCAUCCAAUGUCCCAGGCUUGUGGCCCGCUUUCUGGACAAUGGGCAACCUCGGACGCCCAGGAUACGGUGCGACAACCGAUGGCACCUGGCCUUAUUCGUAUGACGCAUGCGAUGUGGGCACGCUUAUGAAUCAGACCGAUGCCAGUGGUCAGCCUGCCGCUGCUGCCACUGGUGGCGACGUGAUUUGGAACAGGAAGGCGGAGUCCAAGUCGCUCUCCUUCCUACCCGGCCAGCGUCUUUCGGCUUGCACAUGCCCCGGAGAAGAUCACCCCGGGCCUGUGCUCAAGGACGGCACGUACCGUGGUCGCAGUGCUCCCGAGAUCGACGUCUUUGAAGCUCAGGUCGACCGAAAGCUAGGCAUGACUGUCUCGCAAUCCAUGCAAACAGCGCCCUUCAACAUGUACUACAACAUCACCAACAGUACAGGUCCAGCGUACGAGUUCUUCCAGCCCGAAUCGCACCUCAACACCUACACGGGUCAGAACGAUCAGCAGGCCCUAAGCGGUAUCAGUGUCGCUUCGCAGCUCGCCAUGCAGCGCGGUGGCGACGGCAGCUUCGCCACCUACGGAUUCGAGUACGUUCCUGGUCCACAAGGAUACAUCGACUGGGUCUCUGACAGCAAACGAGCAUGGAGGGUGAACGCUGCCGCACUCAGCGCUGACCCCGUCAGUCAGAUCAGCGAUCGUCCCAUCCCGCAAGAGCCGAUGUUCUUGAUCUUCAACCUGGGCAUCAGCGAGAACUUUGGCUUUCCUGAUUGGGCCCGCCUCCGAUGGCCUGCUGUCAUGUCGGUCGACUGGGUGCGCGUCUACCAGGAUCCGGAUGCCGAGAACGUCGGUUGCGAUCCACCCGACUUUCCCACGGCUGCUUACAUCGAGCGUCAUAAGGCAGCUUAUACGAACCCGAACGCGACGACGUGGGGAGGAACCGCCGAGCAGGGUGGCUAUGGUGCUCUGUGGCCCCGUAAUAGACUCUAUCCAUCAGGAUGCUCCGCUCCUCCCUCCACUCAACCGGGUUCACCCGUCCAGCCCUAUCCUCAGGCUAGUCCUGUGCCAUCGUCGGCUAUCGCUGUGGGCCAGAAUUAG